AUGGCAGCUCCGCCUCAGACCAGCACGCCAGAUGUACCACCACACUUCAGGCUGAUGGACCUUCCCCCAGAACUACAUCUGCAAAUCUCAUCGUUUCUCUCGUAUCCGGAUGCAUUGGCUCUGAAACACACCUCUCGCUAUUUCUAUGCUUUCGUGUACACAGGUGUUCACUUGAAGGUUGACUGGCUGGUGGAGCGCUUCGAGCGGAAAUUAGAAUGUCCCAUGGAGAAAUGCUCUUUUCGAACAGACGAAGCCUUUUGUAACUGGCGGAUCCAAAGGAUCAUGGAACGCAGGCGUCGGCAUCUGGAAUGCCCCCGGUCCAGAGGCAGCUGCCUAGUCAUUGAGGGCAGAACAUGUCAAAUGGACUUGGUUCCGACGUGGUUGAAGAGACAGGGUCGCGUGAAGCUGCUCAAGGCGGCUGGGAAUGAAGUCCUCAUCCACGGGUUGAUGGUGCUCUUCAUGCAAGUACUGCUGGUGAUCUGUCAGAGAUAUGUUUUCUCGCAGAAUCGACUAGGGCUACCCCUUGGCCACAGGUUAGAAGCUUGA